CGCGGCUGCUGCCGGCGAGCGAGCGGCGCGGCGGCGGACGCCGGAGACCGAGCGCGGCGGCUCCCGAAGCGCACCCAGCGGCAGGGCGAGGCGGCUGGCGGCCCGGCGCGCACCGGGAGGGGAGAGCCGGCGCGGGCAAUAGGCGGCGGCGGCAGCUCUGAGGCGGCGGCGGCGGCGAGGAUGCUGACUGGGAGGCUGUGCUGGGUGCCGCUCCUGCUGGCGCUGGGCGUGGGGAGCGGCAGCGGCGGCGGGGACAGCGGGCGGCGCCGCCUCCUCGCGGCUAAAGUGAACAAGCACAAACCAUGGAUUGAGACUUCGUAUCAUGGAGUCAUAACAGAGAACAAUGACACAGUCAUUUUGGACCCACCAUUGGUCGCCCUGGAUAAAGAUGCACCAGUUCCUUUCGCAGGAGAAAUCUGUGCAUUCAAGAUACACGGCCAGGAGUUGCCCUUUGAGGCUGUGGUGCUCAACAAGACGUCUGGAGAAGGCCGGCUCCGUGCCAAGAGCCCCAUCGACUGUGAGCUGCAGAAGGAGUACACGUUCAUCAUCCAGGCCUAUGACUGUGGCACGGGGCCCCGGGAGACAGCCUGGAAGAAAUCUCACAAGGCCGUGGUCCAUAUCCAGGUGAAGGACGUCAAUGAGUUUGCUCCCACCUUCAAAGAGCCAGCCUACAAGGCUAUCGUGACGGAGGGCAAGAUCUAUGACAGCAUCCUGCAAGUGGAGGCCAUCGACGAAGACUGCUCCCCCCAGUACAGCCAGAUUUGCAACUAUGAAAUCGUCACAACUGAUGUGCCUUUUGCCAUCGACAGGAAUGGCAACGUCAGAAACACGGAGAAGCUGAGCUAUGACAAGCAGCACCAGUAUGAGAUCCUAGUAACCGCCUAUGACUGUGGACAGAAGCCCGCAGCACAGGACACCCUGGUGCAGGUGGACGUCAAGCCAGUUUGCAAGCCUGGCUGGCAAGACUGGACCAAGAGGAUUGAGUACCAGCCUGGCUCAGGGAGCGUGCCCCUGUUCCCCAGCAUCCACCUGGAGACGUGCGAUGGGGCCGUGUCCUCCAUCCAGAUCACCACAGAGCUGCAGACCAACUACAUUGGGAAGGGCUGUGACCGGGAGACCUACUCUGAGAAGUCCCUUCAGAAAUUAUGUGGAGCCUCCUCUGGCAUCAUUGACCUCUUGCCAUCCCCCAGUGCUGCCACCAACUGGACCACAGGACUGCUGGUGGAUAGCAGUGAAAUGAUCUUCAAGUUCGAUGGCAGGCAGGGUGCCAAGAUCCCUGAUGGAGUUGUGCCCAAGAACCUGACCGACCAGUUCACCAUCACCAUGUGGAUGAAGCACGGCCCCAGCCCUGGCAUGAGAGCUGAGAAGGAAACCAUCCUCUGCAACUCAGAUAAGACCGAAAUGAACCGGCAUCACUAUGCCCUGUAUGUGCACAACUGCCGCCUCGUCUUCCUCUUGCGCAAGGAUUUUGACCAGGCAGACACCUUCCGCCCAGCGGAGUUCCACUGGAAGCUGGACCAGAUUUGUGACAAAGAAUGGCAUUACUAUGUCAUCAAUGUGGAGUUUCCUGUGGUCACCUUAUACAUGGAUGGAGCAACGUAUGAACCAUACCUGGUGACUAACGAUUGGCCCAUUCAUCCAUCUCACAUUGCCAUGCAACUGACAGUCGGCGCUUGUUGGCAAGGAGGAGAAGUCACCAAGCCACGCUUUGCUCAAUUCUUCCACGGCAGCCUGGCCAGUCUGACCAUUCGCCCUGGCAAAAUGGACAGUCAGAAGGUGAUUUCCUGCCUGCAGGCCUGCAAGGAAGGGCUGGAUAUCAAUUCCCUGGAAAGCCUGGGCCAAGGAAUAAAGUAUCAUUUCAACCCCUCGCAGUCCGUCCUGGUGAUGGAAGGUGAUGACAUCGGGAAUAUCAACCGUGCCCUCCAGAAAGUCUCCUACAUCAACUCCAGGCAGUUCCCAACUGCGGGUGUGCGGCGCCUGAAAGUCUCUUCCAAAGUCCAGUGCUUUGGAGAAGAUGUGUGUAUCAGCAUCCCCGACAUGGAUGCCUACGUGAUGGUGCUGCAGGCGGUCGAGCCCCAGAUCACCCUCCACGGCACAGACCGCUUCUGGAGACCCGCUGCCCAGUUUGAAAGUGCCGGAGGGGUGAUCCUCUUCCCUGACAUCAAGAUUGUGAGCACCUUCACCAAAGCUGAGGCUCCCAGUGACUUGAAGACCACAGCCCCCAAAUCGGCAGUUUUAGAAGAAAUGCUUCACAACUUAGAUUUUUGUGACAUUUUAGUGCUGGGAGGGGACCUGGACCCCAGACAGGAGUGCUUGGAGCUCAACCACAGUGAGCUCCACCAGCGACACCUUGACGCCACCAACUCCACAGCAGGUUACUCCAUCUACGGUGUGGGCUCCAUGAGCCGCUACGAGCAGGUGCUGCGUCACAUCCGUUACCGCAACUGGCAUCCAGCUGCCCUGGAGUCCCGGCGCUUCAGGAUCAAGUGCUCAGAACUCAACGGGCGCUACACCAGCAAUGAGUUCAACCUGGAGGUCAGCGUCCUCCAUGAGGUCAGAGUCCCGGACAGUGAGCACGUCAACCACCUUAUCGCGCAGCCACCAUUCCUCCAGUCCGUCCACCACCCGGAGCCCCAGACUAGCAUCCAGCGCAGUUCAGUGGUCCCAAGCAUUGCCACAGUGGUCAUCAUCAUCUCCGUGUGCAUGCUAGUGUUUGUCGUGGCCAUGGGCGUGUACCGGGUCCGGAUCGCCCACCAGCACUUCAUCCAAGAGACCGAGGCUGCCAAGGAAGCAGAGAUGGACUGGGACGAUUCUGCACUCACUAUCACGGUCAACCCCAUGGAGAAACACGGAGCCCCAGGGCGUGGGGAAGAGGAGACCGAGGAAGAGGAGGAGGAGGAAGAAGCGGAGGAAGACAGCUCCAGCAGCAGCGAGUCCGAGGGCAGUGAGGAAGAGGAGGAGGAAGGGGCGGCCAAGGGCAGACAUGGGCAGAGUGGAGCCAGGCAAGCCCAGCUGGAGUGGGACGACUCCACCCUCCCCUACUAGUGCCCGGGGCCACGCCCACCCACCUGUCCGUUUUGUAAGCCCCGCCCUGAUGUACGCCCCAGCCUAUCACAUGUCGCCUCUGAUUUCCAUGAUGGUCCCGGCAGGCCUUCCCUAGCAUUCUGGAACCCACGUUUUACGCCCUGGGCACUGCUCGUGUCCCAGUCCUGGGGCAAUUUCCAGAAGCCCAGCGUCAACCUCAGUGGGGAUUUCAGGGUGAACUUUUUCCUGUGGCUCCCACUUCUCUGGCCCUGGGCUCACCCAGCAUUCUGUUAACCAGAUCUGUGGGUUCUGUCUCUGUUUGCUCUUCCCAGUAGGGGAGAAGGUCAGCCUUUAUGUUGCUCCCCAACUGGGGCUGGGCUUCCCCAGGGCUCAGUAGGUUCCAGCCCACUGUGCGAGCACGGACUCCAUGUUCUCUCCAAACAGUCUGGCAGGUUCUCCUCACCUGACUCUCUAGGCUGCUUCGCACAGGCAGGGUGGUCAGACUCCACACACGGGAGGUCUAAGUCCUCUGCAUGUCAGAGGAUCAUCCUUACCCAGGUGGAAUUAAGUUUGCAGGGCAGGUUGGCCUGAGCUCCCCUCACCCCACACACAUGUCCGAUCUCAUUUUGGAGAGCCUUUUCCUUUGUUCUUCUUGAGGCCGUAGAAGCUUAUAUGAAAAGUCCAAAACCAAGAAUAGGUCCUUGGCCACAGCAGGGCCUGGUUCCUGCCAAAGCACUCUGAGAACCUGCCUUGCUGGCAGCCACUGAGACCUGCAGGGCUGCCCUACUGGCAGCUCCCACCACAGGACACCAUGGAGGCCAGAAAGCAUUCCACACAGCUACUGCCCCCGGCAGCAACUGAGACAAGCCUACAGCUGGGGAGCAGAAGGAAGAGCUGAGGAGAUGGUACAACUGGGCUGCGUGGUGGACACAGAGCUGGGUGACGAGGGUGGCUGGGCCCUCCCAGGCCAGAAGGUGGCCCCAAAGUGGACAAGGCUCUCACCAUCUAGUCUUAGGGUCCUUCAUCCCCUAAUUCACAGUUCUGCCUCUUGAGAAGAUACAUUCCUCUUAGAUGUAUUGGAACAAGCAUGGAUUGCGCCGAGUCUAAAACAAGAGUUUGGAGAUUAAACUGAUAGGAAUUAGAAGCAUGUUUGCCAUAAUAACAGCUUCUUUUUUCUUCUCAGAAAAGGAGCAGUGCUUUAGGUGGAUGGCAGAUAUAUCCAAAAACCUAGUUUCUUUCUUUCUGCUUUUUUAAAUAAGAAAAUCUUUUCCAUCUCCAUCUUAAUGUGGACACUUUUGGAGGAGAGUUGUUGCUAUAGUAACUGGUCUGUGCUCUUUUGUGGCCAAGAAGAUAGCAGGCAAGAACUAGAGCUGUUAUAGGAGUUCCACGAGGCUCUGCGAAUGUCUUUGUUUCAAAUGUCUUGGGCUUUUUUGUCCUUAGUGUGUAUGAUCUAUCGUCAAACUCUCCCCACACCCAUCCCCCAACCACCUCAUAUUGGCUUGGCGCAGCAAUAGAGCUGGUCUACAGGCACAGGACAUUCAGGUUCAAAAGAAAGUUCAGAAUCUAUUCACUGUACUUGCUGUGUUACCAACUCAGAGAGAACUUAUGAAGGGGGACCACCGUCAAUGUCCUUUAGUCUAACCUCCACCCAGUGAGGAUCCAUGAUGGGUCUUUCUGAUUCAAGGAAACCUUCUGAUUUGAGGGAACUACCUUAGGCAGCUUUUUCCAUCACCUAGAGUGAUUUUUGCAUCUCUUCUCUCCUUCGAGCCUCCAAUAAUCCCAUGGGGUAGUGGGGACAUCUAUUAUUAGACCCAUUUUCAUGUUUGUAAACUGAGCUUCAGAGAUUCAGCAUCUUGCUCAGAGCUUUUCUGACGCAUCAGCUAGAUGGGACUCUCCACCAUCCACUCCUUGCCUAGGGCCUGCCACUCUGAUUCUGCUUAUUUGUGUUCAUGAACUAAGAGGCAUUGCUGGGAACCUGCUGUGUGCUAAGCGCUCUACCAGCAGCUGUGGGAAAGGAAGAAAGCAGACAAUAAGCCCUUCCUACCCUUAGAGGAUUUGAGAGCUGCAGAGGAGAAAUAGGCAUAGAAAUCAUGUAAGAGACGAGUGCAGAGGGGGAGGGAGAAGUCGCAGGAAGAAGAGGGACUCAUUCGCAAACUCAACCCAUGCUCUCAUUUUUCCCUUCUUAGAAGAAGCACCGGCAGAAGUUUGGGGUUUUCUAUUCAAGGAAUGGAAAUAGAUGCCUCUGUGAAUUUCCCCAAUAGCCCUUUUCUAUCAGGCUGGGUCUAUGCAUCUACUAGAAGAAAAUCUUGGGGUUUUACUCCUUACAAUCCCCUUAGUUAAAUAAAGAGAUCCUUUAGUUGGGCCUUCGAGAGCUAACAGAAUUCUUGCAAAAUUAUAACAGUAAAAUGAAUACUGUAUGGGUAUGUUUAAAGCCAGUUCUUUUGGAAUUGGAUUUUUGUUUAAAAUAUUUAAGUCUGGUGUUCAGGGGAGUGCUUUCUUCUGCUAGGUCUUUCAGUUUGGCUGGGAUGGGAAAGGUGGUCCCCAUGCCCUCCACUGCCUCCAGUGGCUACAUCACUUAUUUAUGGCUGAGCGAGCUGUUUGGGGCACAUGAAACCAUUAUACAUUUGUGGGCUUUGGGAGGGAAGGGAGCAGGUGACAGUGGCACUUGGCCAGGGCAGUGCAGUCGAUUCACUUGUGACAGGCCUCAUAUGUAGAGAAACAGUGGGGUUCUGUCUGCUCCCACUAUGGGAGAUCAGCCUGCAUUGCCAGCCCUGAGGACAAGGCACUUGAGAUGGCUGCUGGGUCUGUGGGCAUUUAUAGUGUUCCCAGUACCGACCUCAGCACCACAGGUGAGAACAAGGGGCAAUUAUAUAAAAGUAGCAGAAGCUUCAGGAAGUAUCCAGGUGAGUGGUGAGUAACAUAACUUGCCAUCUCCCAAGGAUUCUAAUCACAGGUGGAAAAUGCCAUUAAUCAGCCCAGCGUUUUCCAGUCUCCAUCUGCUGGCAUCUGGGAAUUCAAACUCCCAGGUGGCUGGAUACCAUGUGGCCUCUCACCGAGACAGCAGCAGCAGCAGAUGUCCAUCUGGACAGGGAGGAACAGCUGACCCGUUUGUCCACAGGACAGACUUUUGCUUGUCUUGCCAAGCAGAUGAUCAGAUCCUGCUCUCUGGAGGUUGGAAACACAUAGGCUGAAACCUCAGGUGACAAGAAGAGAAGGAGGAGGUUGAUGGAAAAGGCUAGUACAGAAUGAGUUGCCCUAGUGGAGUAAAACAAUCAACUAGUUGGCCACCUGCAUUAAAUAAUACUAAGUACACUGUUUAAUCAAGUGCUAUAGAUCUGACCGAGGCCUCAGUUCAUCUAGUUACCAAAAAUGUGAUUUCAGUGGGUUCUGCUUUCACCACCUCUGUCUUAAAUAUAUACGAUUAUUCUAUCAGGCAUGGCUUAGCACACAUAGCUCUGCUUGUAGUACAGGCUGUGGCCUGGCAGACCGGGACCCUGCAGGGAGAUGGACUCCUGGAAGGGAAGUAAUGUAUCUUGUUCUUAUACAUAUGGCAGGACUGGCAAACUUCACCUGGAAGGAGCCAGUUGGUAGAUAUUUUGGAUUUUUCAGGCCAUAAGGUCUCUGUCACAAGUAUUCUACCCUGCCAUGGUAGCAUGAACCAGCCACAGACAAGACACUUAAAUGGAUGAAUAUGGCUAUAUUAAAAAAAAAAUUAUGAACACAAAAAAUCAGGCAACUUGAAUUCAUAUUAUUGUCAGAUGUCACAAAAACUUAUUACUUAUUUGACUUUUAUUUUCCAGUAUUUAAAACCAGAAAUAACUUUCUGAGUCCAUCAGUUCAGUUCAGUCACUCAGUCGUGUCCGACUCUUUGUGAUCCCAUGAACCACAGCAGGCCAGGCCUCCCUGUCCAUCACCAACUCCCAGAGUUUACUCAAACUCAUGUCCAUUGAGUCAGUGAUGCCAGAUAUCUAACCAUCUCAUCCUCUGUCGUCCUCUUCUCCUCCUGCCUUCAAUCUUUCCCAACAUCAGGGUCUUUUCAAAUAAGUCAGCUCUUGGCAUCAGGUGGCCAAGAUAUUGGAGUUUCAGUUUCAAUAUCAGUCCUUCCAAUGAACACCCAGGACUGAUUUCCUUUAGGAUAGACUGGUUAGAUCUCCUUCCAUGGGCCUUACAAAAACUAGCAGCUGGCCAGAUUUGGCCCUGGGGCCACAGUUUGCACACCUCAACCGCGUGUGUGGGGGAAGCAGCCUUCCAGCCUUUCAUUUGCCAAGAAAAAGCAGGUAUCUUAGGCCCUCCCAUAAACUGCUCAGGGGUCUUUGCCUCCAAAAUGAACAGCAAAUAAUGCAUAGUCCUUAUCUAAACUGUUUUUAAAAUCCAUGUUCCAGAGGAAAAAACAAAAAAAAAACAAAAAAUAACUUGUUACUUGUUGAAUUGACUCAAGCUCAGGCAAACAUUUGUCAAGAGUCAAAAGGUUGGGAUUCAGGAACCCGCUGACCACUGAGCGCCGAAGCCCACUGAGCUAAGUGCUGACUCCCAGGUGCAGGGCCUUCCCCCAACAACUCAGCCUGUAACGAUUUCUAAGCAAGAAUGUUCAUUAUCUCAGACUGAUUUCCAUUCAGCUCUGCUCAUGCCAUUGCUAUAAAAAUGAUCUUAAAGACUUGUGACUGUUUAAAUCAAUACAGCAUAAUCAGUAGAAAGCCCAGCUGGGCACACUUCAAAAUUAGCAGUCUUCUCGGCUAUAUGAGUCAACAUUAGCCAAAGGAAGAAAAGGAGAACAGGAAAACUUUCUUCUUAACCAUCCCCUUAUUUGAAUUAACCAAAUCAGUUUUACUAAAAAAAAAAGAAAACCCUAGAGAGCUGGUCUAAUCCUUUGAAAAAAAUGUACCAGUGCAAUAUAGAUGCUUUUCAGGGAAGACCAUCCUGAGGCCUUUGGGGGACCCCGAAGCCUACAGUGAUGCACUCUGGCAGGCUGUGGAUACUAUAGCAUUCUCCAUUGGCAUCAGAUGUUUAUCAAGGCUGAGAAGCCAAAGCCCUGGGCACAAUUUAAUUUUCAUGUAACCACUCUCUGUUGUCCAGCUGUAGGCAAAGGCAAUGAGUAAUGGAAGUUUUGAAGUCUACUCCAGCACCUUCAUUUUCCUGCCCUUAUUUGCUUUACUUUAUAAAUUUAUCCUGUACCUGCUUUAUAGAUCUUGCUCUGGUUUUCCUUAGGGCGCCAACCAGAAAGAAAAGUUGGCUUGGUAAGAAAUGGGUUAGAAGCCAAACUUGACUCUUCCAGGGAGACGAAAAGAGACAGAAGAUGUUACCUUCAUGAGCACCCCAGAAAGCAAUCAGACAACCUCUGUAUGCCAUGAGCGAACAGAUGGGAUUCUAUGUUUGCACCUCUGUUCAAUGUAAUUCAGCAAACCCUUGCUCAGUCCCUGUGGCAUGCCAGGCCCUAUGCCAGGAAUGGGGAAGGGAGGAUGGAUGAGCAGUGGCCCUACCCGUGAGGAUCUUUCGAGCUGCUGGGAUGGUUCCUCUGCCCUGCUGGAGGCUGUCCAUGAGCAGUCAGGAUGGUGGGGACAGAAGUUGGGAUUGGGAGAGGGGGAUAACUUGCUUUGGCAGUUCUCCAACUGUGUCAGGUGGUAGGUGGGAACCCUGCCACACAUUGCUGAGGCCAAGUGGGGAACUUUCGAGGGAUGUAGGCAGUCCUAUCCUACGUGUUUCUUAAUUCCACCCCAGGUUGAUUCAGCUCACCUGUAGAUGGAAGCCAGUCACCCUGCCUACAGGGCAGAAAUAGCAUGGCCAAGAGCUGAGUUUCAGUGAAAACAGCCAAAGGAAGUUCUUAUGUAGAAACAGCAGGCAGCCAGACAUUGGAAGUUAGGAAGGGUAACCCAGGUCCAGGAGCCAGCAUGAGCCUAGAUCUACGGCCAUGGAACAGCCUGGGGCUCAGAGGUCCCAGGUUAGAGCUGAAGAAGGAAAAAUGGCUGAGUUGGGAGGGCCUACUGUGGGUUCACACCCCAUCCUAUGGAAUCCAGGCUCUCAAAGUGUCCUUAGGCCAAGGUAAUAGCAUCACCUGGGAUCAAAUGAUAAAUACAAAUCCCUGGGCCCCACCCAAGACCUGCUGAACCAGGUCUGUGUUUUAAGGAGCUCUCUGAUUCUGAUGCAUGCUAAGGUUUCAGAGCCCCUGAUCCAGAGGAUGAGAAGAAAAAUUAAAGCUGGCAUUGGGAGCCGAUGACUAUUAAGAAGAUUUAAAAGAAAAAAAAAUGUGUACUGAUGAGCAUGCUGAAGCAGACUGCCCCACCUCUCUCCUGGGCCCUGCAGGCUCUAAUCCACUCUCUCUGAGUCAGUGGUUUCAGGGAACCCUGGUCCUAGCCCCCAUUCCACUCCUCCCCUAGGGCAUGAACUACUCCCUGCUGGUCUGGCCCCACUCAUUCUGGAGAAAGACAGCCCAGGAGAAGCUGCAGUGAAGCCACCCAGCCCCAGGGAGGCUACCUUCCAGGGUCCUAUAAGCUGAGUGGCCUCCUCCACAUGUGUAUUUUAAGGGGAAACAAUUAAACUGUAGUAUGCUGGCGGAGUGGCCCAGGGCCUGGCAGGAGUGGAGCCGGGUCAGUUAAGGACACAGCCAGGUGAUUGCAGCAUGGCUCCAUUUGUAAUGAGACAAGGCCAUGUGGUGUCACAUGCAGCCACUAAAUCGGAUGGUGAAUGAAUGGCUUUUCUUGGAAGGGCAGUAACUCACUCUGGAUGCUACUGAAAGUAGAAAACAAAACCCCAAAACAAGCCUACAGCCUUCCCUACAGACAAUGUCUUGGCCCUCGAAUUUAUAAGACCUGCAAAUGUGCCAAGCUCCACCAAUGUCCUUUCCCCCAUCAACUGGAUCCCUGAGGUCCACCUUUUAUUGAUUUAGCUUCUUGAUUUAGGCUUAAACUGUGAAGGUCCACAAACCUUUGGAAGGAACUAGUUGGUGCCCUAUUAGUCAUUUACACAUAGCUCUGGGGUACUGAGUCUGUCUUCAUGUAUGGAUUUUUGGGCAUCAGAGAAUGGGGUGCUGGGCCUUGGGGCAGAAGCACAGAGGAGAAACAGGCUGAGAAGGAGCCCAGAUACAUGACCUCAGAGAUCCAGCAUCUACUGUUUAACUCCUACAAACCCCCAUCCCCUCCUGAUCAGACUCAUUCCUGGUCCUCUCAGCCAUCUCCUUGCUGAUACCUCCCAAAUGCCACUUCCCCUCCCCAGGACACCUCUAUUUCUCCAAUCCAGCUUGGAAAAAAUCUUCUAAUUAAAUGUCCAGUGUCCUAAGACCACAGAGAUCCUAUCGAGAAUAACUCAUCUCUCAUAGAUUAGAAUAUACUAACAAGGACGAAUGGGGCUGGCCAGUUGUGUGCUGGAGGGAGAGAAGGAAGACAACCAGCCAGACCCAAGAGGGGGAGAUAAAGCAUUCUUUCAUAUCACUUAGAUCCAGGAGAGCCUCUAUUCACAGCUGGCCUCUCUUUGUGAGUUCUCUCAUGAAACAUUUCUCACCCAUGACCUUAAGGCAAUGUUAUAUGUUUCCCUGAGGUUAGUCACUUAUUACAAAGGCUCCCAUGGGACCAAAGCUCCCAUGGGGGGCAGAAAGAGGAUGGAGGGGCCUUCAGUAGUUCCAGGAGCAGGUGGGUUUUGUUCUUGAUUGCAGGCAGGACAGGGACACACCGUGAACUGAGGGUGAGGGCUCAGAUCCAGCCAUGAUGUCAGGUAGAGUGAGUGAAUAAGGGGGAGUGUUCAUUGAAGUCCUGGAUACAGGUGGGACACACGCAGUGUGGCGCUGGGUAGGACAUAACAGCCGUUUACAUUAACCAGAAACACUAGAGAAAAUCGUGUCCCAAUAUUAGCAAUUCCUCCCAUCUUGAGGAGCAGGGGGGAGCUGGUACCUCUGGACCGCUGAGGUACCACAUCUCCAGAAUCAGGGGCCCACUCCAUGAAAACUUUCCAUUGAGUGAAAAGGAACCACAGACCUCGUUUUCCAGGCACCAGAUGGGGUGACUAGGACACUAGAAAGCAUGCUUGUGUAAAGCUAGUACGGCUGCCUGACUCUGGCCUCCUCUGCUGCCCCAGGCCCGCUCCUCAAAGCAAGAAGAUAAAUUUCUCUGUUGCAGCACCCUGGGUGUCUAGCAAGGCACCUCGGCCACAGCGUGUGCUCCAUAAAUGCUAAAGUAAACGGAAUAGCAGAUUUCCCUUAACCUCCAUGAAUUCAUGGGGUUUGAAAAAUUAAGAUACUACAAUGGAGGAAGAUGGCUCCAUUUUUUCUCUCCAUAUACAAGUUCAGGUCCUUUAUAAAUUCAGGUGGAGGAGGACAGAAGUGCAGUAGAGGAAGGGGAGCAUUCCUGCUUCCCCAGUGGAAAGAGAAGAGAGUGGGGUUUUUUGGAGAGGGACCCUCUCCCAGCUAUAACCAGUAACAGGAGCCCCUAGGCAAGGAGCCGGGGUAGGUGGGCCUUGAUGAGCCAACUGGCUUUGCCCCAAAGGUCAUGGGCAGCAUCCCGACCAAGGAGAGAAAGUCAUACUCUGUUAAUGCCUGUGCUGCUCUUCAGGCCCUUUUUAUCAGAUUCACUGCAGAGGAGAUUCAUCAAGAUGAAGCUCAGUUCCCAAUAGACUAAUGAAAAGAGGGCAACAGACAUGAGAAGAGCUGAAAGGCAGACGGUGUGUAUUAAUCACAGGCAAGAGAAACAUGUCAGCUCUAAUGUCUGUUUGCUUUUAUCUUGAAACAAAAAUGCAUCUCGGCUGCCAAGACCUUGUUUUCCCGAGCAUUUCAGAACAGAAAUGGGACACACACAUGCAUGCAUAGGCACACACACACAAAUUGGAGGGUUCUUCUUCCCCAGUGGGAAGAACUAUCAGAGAAAUGAGCCCACAGGUUGUGUGUAUUUGCAGAAGCAGAGAACCAACCACGAGUCUCAGCUACAGGCUCCAGCCCCCAUGCAGAAAAGGGAGUGAAGAGGAGGAGGCAUCAACCCUGAGAAAGGGUUAAUAGCUCUUUGAUGUGGGUCUCUGCCUGUGCCUGAGGGAGGGGACGGGUCACAGAUGUGAAUGUAACGGUGCACAUCCACCUCAGAGACAAAAGUACAUCCAUCCUGGUGGAUAAGGAAUGCAAGAAUCAGGAGCCCCACCCCCACCCCCAACUCCCUUACAUGGCUGCAGAGGAGGCUGUGACAUGUGGGAUUCGGGAGAGGUCGUGCCCAUUUUCACGAAUUUCAAAUGCUGGAAAUAAAGCAGAAGCAUUUAGGAGAUCAGGAAGCCAGACUUGCUACCCAGGACUGACUACGCAAAAAACGAGAGAAGAGAUUGAGGGGAAAGGUGACUCAGAGUUGGGAGAGGAAACAGGUGAGGCUGAGUGAGAGUGACAGCAAGAGGGACAUGGCUCCCUGGGGAAGCCAGAGGAUUGCUCUAGACUGAGAGCUGCAGUAUCCAAGGUCCAGCCAAGUGUGGGUGAGUCUGGUCAUGUGACUGCUGAGGCAAGCAAAUCAGUUGCUUCCAAACUCUGAGUCAUUUGAAGCUGAUUUCAGCUCUAGAUGAAGCAGUUAUUAUGGAUCAAUCCACUUGACUGCUUCCAGCCUGACCUCAGUGGCUUCCAAAAGGGGUUGGUGGUGGUCUCUACUGGACAGGCUUGAUAAGAGAUUGAAGAAAAACAGUUGAUGAGUUUAGAAAAGAAACUGCUUGCAGAAAUCAGUUGUUUUCAAAGACAUCUGUAGGUAGUAGAGUGGAUAUGUUAUAUUGGUAUGGACGUUAUAAUGUCAGUAAGGUAAGACAAUGAUUUGUGGCGACAUAUGUUUGGAAAAUUAAUAAAUAUAAAUUUUCAGGCAAGUAGCGAAGGACAGCUAAAUAUGUGUCAUACACACACACACAUACACACACACAUAAAAUGACAUAAGUGAGAUAUAGGAUGAAGAUGUCAAUGGUUCACAGUUUAAAUUCCUUAGAAGCACUGGUUUGGAUGUUAUGCUUUUUAUUACUGUUAUUCUUGCUCUCAAAACACUGGCACAUAGUAAGAGUUUGGUAAGUGCUUAGAAAUUGGAGGUCCAGCUUGUUGCCACUCAGUAGACAGUAGUAUCACCAUGCUGCUGCUGCUGUCUAGUCGCUAAGUCAUGUCUGACUCUUUGCGACCCCAUGGACUGUAGUCUGCUGGGCUCUUCUGUCCAUGGGAUUUCCCAGACAGGAACACUGGAGUGAGUUGCCAUUUCCUUCUCCAGGGGAUCUUCCCAACCCAGGGAUGGAACCUGCAUCUCCUCCUUGGCAGCUGGACUCUUUACCACUCAGUCACCUGGGAAGCCCUAGAAUCAACACACCCCAAGUUAAAUGAGUUGCAGAGAAGCAGGUCAGCCACAUCCCCCAUGUAGAUCAUCACAGCUGCCUGAAGAGAAGCUUUUGUGGUUUCACAGAUUCAGAUUCGGCAUCCUGUCAGCCAGCUGCAGGUCUUGGGUCAGGCUCUCUGGUAGUGAUCAGUGACAGAAUGUUACAGUAAGUGAGUCAGUACCAGUAAAGCCACAUCUGCAUAACUCCCAGCAAGAUAUUUCUACAGGGAAUGGGGCCAGAGGCUCUCUUCCUAUGGUCUCUGCCAUUUCCUAAAUACUCAAUGAAAUGCUGUUGAAUUUUGCCAACUUCAGUUCUGGAGCUGAAUGAAAAGGUUCUGGGCUCAGCUGAUCUGAAAGCUCUACAGUUUUCUCCUCCCAUAUCUGGAGCUGCCACCAGCAAUUAGAAGCCUUGGAUGACUGUUUAUUCCAACUUGUCCAACCACAGUGGGUGGGGGAAAGGUCCUGCGAGCUUCUCUCCUCAGAACCUCUGUGGUGUUGACACUGUAGACAGAGGAAGGGUCAGCAGCAUCAUUCUAUAGAAUCACCUUUGAUCACCGUUACUGUCUGGACAGUUUCUGCCAGUGUGACCAGAGUGCCUCUCGCCGUGGGCAUCUGCAGCUCCAUGGCUGGGCCAGUGUGUACCUGACACGUGUCAGACUUCUGAGAUCUUCCAGCUGUCUCAGAGCAAAUGCCUUCAAUUUACAAAAUGGGUUUAUUUACUAAAUAUUCUGUUGUGUGUAUGCGUGUGACACAAGGCAAACUCUGGACUAUCUCAUUAGAAGGAUGCAUUUAUACUGAAUCUAAUUUCAGGAGAUCAUGCUGUCAUCUUGCUCAUUGAACGAGAUUGCCCAGUCACAGAGGAAAAUGCCCUUUUGCCUCCCCCCACCCUCUUUCAGCUCCCCUCCCCUGCGUAAUUGAGCUGUCAGAUCCAUUCCAGGCUGUCACACAGUGAGGGCCACCAAGAAGCUUUAUGUGUAUAAAGAUAUAAGAAGAAAUAAGAACCAUCAUAGGAAUCUGUUGGGCUCCUUCCCAUGACUGUGAUCUUACCCGUGUGUGAAUCACAAACUUUAAAUUUCUAACAAUUCAGAUUCUUGCUGUUUCCAGGUAAUUUGUUAAAUGCCUAUUCAACACAGACAGAUAUUUAUUUUCAGCCUUGGCUUGUAAAUGCCUACAAACUGAUUCAUGUUGGUGGUCAUUAUGACACUUUCUGUGAAUUGGUGAAUAAAUAUGAUUUUUGAAUUUCACAG